UGGAAGCAGCGACAGCGGCGUCCCGUUCAUGCUUCUAGCGGGAAUAGGCGAAGGGGCGGGCGGACAGCUCUCCUGGCGGGCUCCCGCCGGUGGCGGCUCAGGGUUGCUCUUUUCCCUCCGCUUGCCAGAGCUUUUGCACAGGCUGCAGCCUCGUCCGAAAGUCACCUUCCAGCUUCCCCGGGGAAGGGAAAAAGGAGGAGCGCGUUGAGAGAAAGCGGGGAGCAGCUGCCUCCUCUUGCACGGUUCCCCUCCCGGGGAAAGGAGGAGGAGGAGGAGGAGGAGGACAGCCCGGGCAGCGGGUGGAAGCUCAAGUUGCGUGUGUGUGCGAGUGCAUGAGAGUUGCGUGCAUGUCUCGGGAGGAGCUGCAGAAGGUCCCUGCCAAGUGGAGGAGGCACCAUGACCCUGGAGUGCAUCUUCAGCACAUAUUUUCUGUGAAUUGUGAUGAGGAUACAUAUAUGCGCUGCGAUGGUGACAUAAACUACUAAACUGGACUGGAAUGAAUUUUAACUGCCUUCCUUAUUUUAAAUGUUGCUUCACUUGGAAGCAAUCUGAGGCAUGACCUACAACAUGACUUUUAUUGUGAAACUUCAUAGACAUUUUCAACGAACAGUUAUAUUGCUGGCCACUUUUUGUACAGUGAGCAUUGUCAUUUCGGCAUAUUAUUUGUAUAGUGGCUACAAACAGGAAAAUGAGCUUUCAGAGAUAUCUUCAGAGGUGGAAUGUGGAGAUCUUCCAAUGCUGCCUCCCAGCAAGUUGGCACAGAAGACAGUCAAAUCUAAUGAUCCUGUCCGGACUGAUCCUGUUGUGUUGGUGUUUGUGGAAAGCCAGUAUUCAACACUUGGUCAAGAUAUAAUAAUGAUCUUAGAGUCCAGCAGAUUCCAGUAUCACAUAGAGAUUGCUUCUGGAAAAGGCGACCUUCCUGUGCUUAUAGAUAAAAACAAAGGCAAAUACAUUCUUGUUAUAUUUGAAAAUAUUUUUAAAUACGUAAAUAUGGAUUCCUGGAAUCGAGGCCUUCUAGAUAAAUACUGUGGAGAAUUUGGUGUAGGUGUGAUUGGAUUCCAUAAGAGUAGUGAGAACACUUUACAGACUUCUCAGUUAAAAGGUUUUCCUUUCCAUAUCCAUGGCAAUGUGGGUAUAAAGGACUGUUGCAUCAACCCUCAUUCUCCAUUACUCCAUGUGACUAAAUCGUCUAAGUUUGAUAAAGGUCCUUUGCCUGGAAAUGACUGGACAGUUUUUCACAUAAAUCAUUCAGCCUACCAACCUGUUAUAUUAGCGAAAGUAAAAUCUCCUGAAAAUCUCUCUCCACCUAUCAUUAAAGGUGCUCUUCAUGCAACUGUGGUUCAUGAUUUGGGUCUUCAUGAUGGGAUUCAACGCAUUCUUUUUGGACAAAAUUUGAACUUCUGGCUUCAUAAACUCAUAUUUAUAGAUGCUGUUUGUUUCCUGUCUGGAAAGAGACUUAAAUUGUCCUUGGAUAGAUAUAUCCUUGUUGAUAUAGAUGACAUUUUUGUUGGAAAGGAGGGCACAAGGAUGAAGGCCAAUGAUGUUCAGGCUCUUCUUGAUACUCAAAACCUUCUGAGAGCUCAAAUCACAAAUUUCACUUUCAACCUGGGCUUUUCAGGGAAAUUUUACCAUACAGGAACUGUAGAGGAAGAUGAAGGUGACGAUUUAUUACUGGGAUCUGUGGAUGAAUUCUGGUGGUUUCCUCAUAUGUGGAGCCACAUGCAGCCACAUCUCUUCCAUAAUGAGUCCUCACUGGUGGAGCAGAUGAUUCUCAACAAAAAAUUUGCCUUAGAACAUGGUAUUCCAACUGAUAUGGGUUAUGCUGUGGCCCCUCACCAUUCUGGUGUCUACCCUGUUCAUGUUCAGCUUUAUGAUGCAUGGAAGAAAGUUUGGAAUAUCAAAAUCACCAGUACUGAAGAGUAUCCACAUUUGAAACCUGCCCGGUACAGAAGGGGCUUCACCCACAAAAGCAUCAUGGUUCUUCCUCGACAAACCUGUGGUCUUUUUACCCAUACUAUUUUCUACAAGGAAUAUCCUGGAGGCCCAAAAGAACUAAACAAGAGCAUACAGGGAGGGGAACUUUUUUUCACAGUUGUUCUCAACCCAAUCAGUAUCUUCAUGACUCACUUGUCCAACUAUGGGAAUGACCGUUUGGGUGUGUACACUUUUGUCAACCUGGCCAAUUUCGUACAGAGUUGGACCAACCUGAAGCUGCGGACUCUGCCUCCACUUCAGCUGGCUCACAAGUACUUUGAUCUGUUCCCUGAACAAAGAGACCCUCUUUGGCAGAAUCCGUGUGAUGACAAGCGGCACAGAGAUAUCUGGUCCAAAGAAAAAACUUGUGAUCGUUUACCAAAAUUCCUGGUUAUUGGACCCCAAAAAACUGGCACAACUGCUUUGUAUUUGUUCCUGAUUAUGCAUCCUUCCAUCAUUAGUAACUCCCCCAGCCCCAAAACCUUUGAGGAGGUACAGUUCUUUAAUAGAAAUAACUACCACAGGGGGAUUGAUUGGUACAUGGAAUUCUUUCCUGUGCCAUCUAACGUCACUACUGACUUUCUCUUUGAGAAGAGUGCCAACUAUUUCCAUUCUGAAGAAGCCCCAAAGCGAGCAGCUUCUUUGAUUCCGAAGGCAAAAAUUAUCACCAUUCUCAUUGAUCCAUCAGAUCGAGCGUAUUCCUGGUAUCAGCAUCAACGGUCACACAAAGACCCUGCUGCUCUAAAGUUUACCUUCUAUCAGGUGAUCACUGCUGGUCAUCAUGCUUCAGCAGAGCUUAAGGCUCUCCAGAAGAAAUGUCUCAUACCAGGAUGGUACGCCACCCAUAUUGGAAGAUGGCUAGCUUACUUUCCACCUUAUCAGUUACUAAUUAUUGAUGGACAGCAACUCAGAAAUGACCCAGCUAUCAUUAUGGAUGAAGUGCAGAAGUUCCUGGGAGUUACUCCUCAUUAUAAUUACUCAGAAGCCCUAACGUUUGACUCACACAAAGGAUUCUGGUGUCAGCUCCUGGAAGAAGGAAAAACAAAAUGUCUUGGGAAAAGUAAAGGCAGAAAAUAUCCUGCAAUGGAUUCUGAGUGCAGGGCUUUUCUGUCAAGCUACUACAGAGAUCACAAUGUGGAACUGUCAAAGCUCCUACACAAAUUGGGACAACCUCUGCCAUCGUGGUUGAGACAGGAGCUGCAGAAAGUGAGAUAGCACGAAAGAAAGCUUGUCAAGAGAGCUUCUCUUCACUUCAUUCAUCAUCAGACCUACAGCCUUCAGUAGCUACUAGAAAGCUGUUGGGAAAUAUAUCUAUUCAAAAGAGAACAAAAGAAUUUGGUUUCUGCCAUAUCCUGUUAAGCAAACAAAGAAAAUGUAUUGGCUUGAGUGUCACAGAUCUAAAGGACCACAAUAUUUCCUAACAAUUUUUGCAUUCUGGAAGCAGAGCUAGAUCAUAAUCUACCAGGGACAGAGAUUUUGUUUUACUUCUAUUUAUUUCUGUGGUACUGGCAUAGGAGAAUUCUGAGUGGACUGAGACUGCUGCAGCCUACAAAAGGAAAGCUACGCAACUGUCCAAAAUCAUAGUAAUACUUACAGUUUUAUAUAUUAUAUACAUAUCAGUUUAAGAAUAUUGUGACACAUGUUGAUUUUGUAGCCCACUGCUUGCCUGUUUGGUUUUCAGAUUGUUUGAGUACAAUGAUGUGUCUUAUAUUUUUUAUUAAAAAAGAAAAAAUGAGAAAAUAUGUAGCACAAAAUGCCAGAUAGAUGCCCACCUUUGCAAUCUGAUUCUAAAAUGUGAUUUAAAAAUGUCACAUAGGCCUGAAACCACAUUUUUAGGAGUAUACAACUACUGAGAAAAAUGUACCAUGAGCUAAAUCAGUAGGAAGAACAGCAGAAAAGAAAUUACAUUAUGGCCCUAAUUAUACCCUUUUCAACAUAAAGGACUCAGAAGAUAUGUGAAUUAAUUUGCCACCUCAUCCUGGGUCUUUUUUUAUGGUGAAUGCUCCACCAGGUCCUAGUGCCUGCUGCUCCCCCAACCCUUUCUGAUUCUCUGGAAGCAUUUUAAUACCUUAUUUGAGCACUGCUUCCAUUUAAACUAUUAUUAUCUGUAUGGGGAAACAUGGCACUUAGGUAAAAUAGCAUUUGUUUUGCUCCAGAUACCUAUUAGUGAGACUUGCCUUUUUGUAAAGUUGUGGCUGCCAUUUUAUUUCCUGUUCCUGCCAGACUGGAAAAGAAAAUGGUGGAUAAAACUUUACAAAAAUUGAAGUCUCGAUAACAGGUAUGCAGAGUAAUAUCAAUGCUAUUUUAUCAAAGUGCUUUGUUUCCCCAUACAUCUGAGAGUGGUUGUAGGCAUUGUGUCAUUUGCUUUAACAGAUGACCAUUGGAAGAGAGGAAAGGGUUGCCACUGUUGAUUUUCUUCUACCCUCAUGACUUCAGGGCAUGUCGUUCUCUUGUGCUCAAGGAUCAGGGCCAGAACUGUGCAUGCAGUGAGGAAUGCAAGAUUCAGAGGACUCUCUUUAACUACAGUUUCUUAUUUGUUCCAUUUGCCUGCUUUAACUACUGAAAAAUCCAGGCAGGAACAUGAUUUUAUUACAUUAAUAUUCAUACAUCAAACAAGAACAUGUGCAAAUGAACCAAGCAGAUUUAAUUACUUGGAUCAUGUGAACGUCUUGUAUAUGCUAGACAGUUCCUACCCUGAAGCCAACUUCCUCUUCCACUAGCACUUCAUUUCCACAGGUUUGUUUCAGUGGUUCUUCAAGGAUACUUGAUCAAACAGAGAAUGUCUAACACACAUGGAAUUUGUUCCAACCAAUAUGUUUAUGAGGCAAAACAUUUGGAGAGGAAGGUACAAUCCAAAUCUGUAAACGUAUCAUUUUCGUGGGACAGUGAAAGCAUCAUAUCAGUACAAUAUCAGUAAUUUCUCUAGCAAUUUUAGCCAUUAGCUACGUUUUUAAAGAAUUCUGGGUUUUUUCGAGUCAUCUGAUCUGGAAACGAUUCCACAGUUAUAAGGUGGUGAUCAAAGUACUAGGCUGAAAUAUGAGUUGCCUGAUAUCUAUUCAGGCAUGUUCUCCAUGCCUGAACCUGUGCUGCUGAUUGCUAAGACACCAUCAAAUCUGAUUUGUUUUAUGGUUUUUAAUAUGUGUGGACUAAAAUGUGAACCAUUCACGGAAAAACGUCAUAUAUUAAAAAUUUUAAAAAAUAUAUACAAAAUUAAUAAAAGAAAAGAAUGUGGGCUGUUGGCCAAUUUUUACAAAGGUGCACAAAGUUGGGAAGUUGCCAACACAUUUUCUGUCUCCCAUACAGAAUUGGCCAGAUUUUGCCUCAUUUAGAAAGUAUGCAGAGGCAGGUGAUAGCAAACCACCUCUGAAUAUCUCUUGCCUUUAAAACCCUACAGAGUUACCAUAAGUCAUCUGUGACAUGAUGGC